UAUACUGGUGCAUUGUAUUGUUUUAUUGGUUACAUAAAAAGUGUUGUGAUAAAAAGGUCAUAGGAAGGACGUUCACGGUCUCUCGUAACUUGGCAAGUUUGUGUUUUAUUUAUUUAAUGUUAAUAAUCGUUAUGGGAUAGGGGUGUUAAUUUGCAUAACAGCAUCAAGCCUGUAUACAGGGUGUAAUUGCCGGCAAUGUUUAGAUAAAGAAUAAUAGAUAGAUUAUCAAAAUGGCGAAAUUUUUGAAGUCUUUCUUUACGCCGGACAAGAGGAAGACUUCUCGAAUGGAGGGAGAGGGCGAAGAGGUUAAUGACUUCACUCCACCUAUGGAUGGGAGGAGGAACCUGUCCAUAUCCAGGUCGGGAAGGAUGCGGCAGGCGCAUAAGAAGAGGCAUUCUUUAUCUAUGGAACUUUAUGGAGAAAAAAACCAACCUACGGAAAAGCCGAAAUCAGUAGAAUAUCAUGUUAAUAAAUCUGAAGCAACUCUACAACAGAAUAAAAGAUCGAGUACAGAACAAGAAGUAAAUAAAGAAGUAAAAGAACAUGCAGAGAAGAACGUAAAAGAAGAUAAAAGAAGGAAUAGUGUCGAUAUGAUUAAAACGCCUGAAGAAGAAAUAGAAUCGGCUUUUGAAGUCAUAGACAAAGUUUUAUAGCGUUUUGUUCAUCAUCAUCUCCCUAGCGUCAUCCCGUUUUUUCACGGGGUCCGCUUUUCGCGGGGUUUUGUAAUAAUUUGUAAUUACCCUCCCUCCCUCUCUCUCUCCCUUAUCACCAUAAGGUUCAUCAUAUCCAUCUUAGGACUUCGUAUCAACAGUGGCUGCAAGUUGUCUUUGAUAACUUGUGGCUCUGCCCACCCCAUUUGGGAUUACGGGCGUGAGUUUAUGUAUGUAUGUUGUAAUUAUAUUUUAGGUCAUGUGAGUUUGAAUGUGGUAUAAUUUUAAGUAAUUCAGCAAUAACACGCCUCCCCCAAAGCAGAAGGUAACGUUAAGCGCCAUCUGUAUGUUUUAAGGAACGUGGCCUGAAAGUCCCUUGUCUCAUUGUACGGAAUGUUAGUGACAUCGUAACAAAAACUUUGGGAUGAUUCAGGCCAUGAUUCUGAGUUUGAGUUAACCCCCCUGGUUACAUGUCGUUUCUGUAAUAGACCAAAAACACCUAAGUUAAAUUUUAUAAUUAUGAUAACUAAUGAUUCAUAAUUUCACCACUGUUUACAAAUAAUUCGCUGGGCUCAGUGACUGCACUUUUGCACUUUGAUUGUACCUACGUACAGUUACCAUCCAACAAGAUUAGUUAAUUGGUAUUUAUUGUUAUAAGAAUUGUUGCAGAUUGUACGUACAAAGUUGUCAUCAUUGUUAUUGAGUAAUGUGGUUAUAUAGAUAAGUAGUUUAUAAGAAAGAUAAUAAUGCAACGAUGCAUGAUUUGUGGGUUUUUUUUAUGAUUUAGGUAGGUAUCUACGAUAUAAGCCAACCCGCACUGGAGCAGCGUGGUGGAACGCUCCUCCUCUGGUUGAUUGAGGGGAGGCCAAUACCCUGCAAUGGGACGUAUAUAGGCUAUUCAUAUUCUGUAUGUUUACCUCUGUGGUGUAUCCAAAUACCCUGACCACAAAAGACGUCCGAUUCCCGCUAGGGCGAAUUUAGGAAUAUUUUUUCGGUUGAUCAUAAAAUACUUUAUAGCAUGAACAUUAAUUGACCCUCGAUCAUAGACAGAUUUGUAUUAUCAGUGGUAUAUAUUUAUCAGCGAGUAUAAUUACUGAAAUUAAUGAGAAAGUGCGUCAAUAGACUGUAAUAAAAAAAAAUAAGAUUGUACAAUUUACGAAAAAAAGAACAAUUAAGAAAAAAGGGACUAAUAAAUGUUACUAUAGUGCUAGUGACUAUAUUAAUGAUACUGAUGUUACAAUUUGUAUAGGUUCCUUCUCACUUUUAAACUUCUAUUUUGUUGUACCGGAAAGGGUCUGUGAUGUGAAACUCAUUAUGUAACUUAGCAACUUGUACGCCAUCACAGUGGUAUGCAAAUAAAGAAUAUUGAACAUGUACUAGGCAGUAAGCUCCAUAGCCGUUAAAUAUAUAAAACUAUCGUCAUAAAAAUGCAAUCACAGCGCCCCGACACUACUUUUUUAUUAUUAAAAGCAGACUUAUAAGAUCAUCUCUGUUGGUAUUUUAGUAAGAGAAUUAUAUUACGUAUAUAGCAUAACAAUAUAAGACUGAUUGUUUAAAAAAAUA